CUGCUGAACAAAUUGACAAGAAAUGAUUUCAGUAUCAUUUGCUGCAAUAUUAUAGGCCAUGCCAGUGAGCCCCCAAUACGCAGGAGGUUACAAUAUCCAUUUGAUUGCUUGCUGGCUGCUGCUGCUUCUCUAUCCCGCAAAAGUAUCAAGCUCUCUGAACAACUGCACCUUCAUCGACGGCCACAUACUGGAGUUUGUGUGUCACGGAUUCUAUGAUCGCGUCCUGCGCCUGCAAUACAAGGAUCGCCAUCCGGCCGAGGACACGCCCUAUGCCAUCUGGCAGCGAGCCGAUUACUUUGGCUCCUCGAUGCUGCUUAUCGUAUUCUACGAGGGUCCGUUGUCCAACUGCUACAAUCUUGUAUUUGAUGAUGGCAAGUUCUACUGCGACGGUCGCAACUAUCCAAUGGACAUUGAAGAUUCCAUCCUAAUAAAUUGCAUGCCCUUUGCGUUUUCCUACGCCGAUGAUCUGCACAAAAAGUGCAAUCGUCCCCGAAAGACGCAUGCGGCGGAGACCGUAUCCUCAGUUAUUAUCUACAUGGAGUCGAAUUUGAUAAUUAAGUCAAGAUCGACCAAGUCUCAGUAUUACUCGAAUCUUCUUUUUAUAUUUACAUUGCUCAUAAGUUUUACAAUUUGACUAACCUGAACAAAUUUAGUUGGUAAUUAAUAAAAACUAUAAUAAUAACUAUUACCUUUA